AUGAAGUUCUUCCAGUCCCUCGCCAUCUUCGCCCUCGCCACCGGCGCGUACGCUGCCUGCACGAUCGACGGCACCGACCCUAACUGCUGCUGGGGAGGAGACCAGGGCUCUGAUGCCUGCGCUCGCCAGAAUGGUUACAUCGGCUGCAUCAACGGCGCCGAGUACGGCAACUUCUGCAUGAACAACGGCAUUCCCAACUCCAAAUGCGACGCCGACUGCUGCGAUCUCCGGACUGGUUUCGGAAAGCCCUGCCCCAAGGGCAAGAACAGAUGCGAUCCGGACUCUGGCUGCCCUUACUAA